UCCGUACGGCCAAUCGCAGCCCAAGAUGUUAAACAGACCGAAGGAAGAGCAAGGAAGAAAGCCUGAGAGAAAGGGACGGCCAAAAGCCAAGCAUGGAGGGCGCCAUCAAGAAGUUCCAAGUCCAUGGCGGUAUCGUCACUCCCCUCUCGCUCGCGCUCGCGGCUCCUCGCAAGCCCCGCACAAGACGACCCACAAGCGUCGCCGUACUCCGCGGCGGCGGCGGCGGCAGCAAGAAGUCAAGAUCCCCGAACACCCAUUUGCAAUCAUCCCGCCACGAGAUCGAAGCCCCGCGUUGCAGCGGCUCCACGCAGCACAGGGCGAUGCUCGUGGAGGCCUUUCACGAGCACCGGAUGCUCAACUCGUUGCUCCAGAGGCUCGGCGAGGAGGGCGCUUGCCCGCUGCGGUUGCUCGAGGACGAUGGAGAUUGGACCCGGGACCAGUUCUGGGCCGUGGUCAAGUCCCUGCGCCACGCUUCGAGGUCCCGUGAAAUUCUCAAGGUAUUUGAUCUGUGGAAGGACAGAAGACCAUCACGCCUUACUGAGUUCAACUAUGAGACGAUCAUACUGUUGUUAUGUGAAGAGGGUCUGAUGGAUGAAGCAGUUUCAGCAUUUCAAGAAAUGAAAAAUAACUAUCUGAGAGCUUCUGUAGAAAUAUACAAUGCAAUAGUCCAUGGAUAUGCCAACAGAGGGUGCUUUGAUGAUGCAUUAUUAUUUCUUGAUGAAAUGAGAGAAAAUGAUUUGGGCCCUGAUAACACGACUUAUAAUGGGCUAAUCCGAGCUUAUGGAAAAUAUAAAAUGUAUGAUGAGUUGGGAAUGUGUGUAAAGAAAAUGGAAUCAAACGGAUGUUUGCCUGACCACAUGACUUAUAAUUUGCUUAUACGAGAGUUUUCUCGUGCUGGGUUACUUCAACAGAUGGAGAGACUGCCAAUGUUUUCUAAGAGAAUGUAUUUGCAGCCAUCAUCUCUGGUAUCGAUGCUCGAUGCAUAUGCCAACUUUGGCGUUUUAGCUAAGAUGGAGAAGGCUUACAUAAGGGUUUUAAAAGCAAAAAUUCCCCUAAAGGAGGAUCUUAUCAGAAAAUUGGCUGGAAUUUAUAUUGAAAACUACAUGUUUUCUAGGCUGGAUGAUUUGGGACGCCAUUAUUCUUCAACUGGUGGUAGCGAACUUCCUUGGUGCUUGCGGCUCCUUUCUAAUGCUCGUCUUUUGAGUUACAAAGGCAUGGACUUGGUUGUCGGGGAGAUGGAAGAAGCGGGAGUUCCGUGGAGUGUGACACUUGCAAACACUGUUUUUCUAGCCCUUUUGAAGAUGAAAGAUUUUAAGCACUUGAGAAGUUUACUCUUGCGGGUGCCAGCCGAAGGAUUGAAACCCGAUAUUGUGACUUUUGGGGUGUUAUUAGAUGCAAACCGAAUUGGUUUUGAUGGAUUUCCAAUUUUAGAUGUAUGGAGAAGGAUAGGGUUCCUCUACAGGGAUGUGGAGAUGGAAACUGACCCUCUGGUUCUCAGUGCCUUUGGUAAAGGGCAUUUCUUGAGAAGUUGCGAAGAUAUCUACUACUCCUUUGAACUUGAAAACAGAGCAAAGACAAGGUGGACCUACAACACUCUUAUCGAUUCGGUAUCAGAGCUGUGGAAGGCAGACUCUUUUAAAACCAGUAAAUGCAGUGUGAAGUCAUAAUAUCCCUUGAAGGUUGAUCUAUGAAAAUUUUUGUACAUAGAGAUUUUGUAAAGGACAGAAUUAUUUUGCUUGAAACAGAGGAUUCUGAAAAUGCACUUCCAGUAUCCGCUUCAGAAAAUCGAUUAGAAAAUGCUUCAUUCAUGAUCAAGAUAACCAACCCCGGGGCUACAUGUUUAGAGAAUCUAUGAAAACUGUGGGGAAGCAAUGCAGAAGUGAUGCGAACAUUAAGCAUACAUAAUUUGGGGCAGAAAGGAACGGUCUGUAACAUCAUAGCUUGAGGUUUUAGAAGAUUCUUGGAAUCUGUCUAUAGCAUAUCUUAUGGUGUUGGGGUGUACUUCCUUCCAAUGAACUUUGCCGUUGAGUAGUAAUAACUCCUCACUAGACCUCUUAAGUGCCUUAGCAUCUAAGCUGGAUGAGAUUGAAAUGAGACACAUUCUGAUGUGUGAAACUAUACUUGGUAUACCAGUUAUAUUACCUGUGGGACAGUGGCCACCAGGAAUAAGUCUUCAUGAUUUAUUAACUGCUCUGUCGAAUUUACUACAUAACUGGCAAGUGGAACUAAUACCAAGUUUCGUGAAGAUUCUUACGUAAGUAUCUUUAAGCAAAGGAGGAUCACUAGAGCAGAGUUUGUUGACACACCAAGGAGCAUUGCCAGGGACUCGUGGCUUAGGGCCAUGACCAUUACACUUAGGGAUUCUGUUAACUAGUGCACCUGCCAAAGUUGUGGAGAAAAAGCCGGUAAGUGAAGAAGAUGCAAAGCAAUUUGUAGCUAUGACUAAAACAAAAUGUGAUAGAUCAACUGAGAAAGAUGCCCGUGCAGAUUUCCUUAUUGGACUUAUUUCGAUCCUCAGUGAAACAUAAAAAUGCACUUUUGAAGGUGUUUGAAUGAGGUGCAUGUUUCUGAAACCGUUGAUGACAGCAAAUUAGAGGAAUUUGUGGGGUCUAUCUUAUUAAAAGACCAAAAUUGCCUUUUUCAGACGAGGGUCGCGACAGUUAUGCAUCGGCUUUGUGUACUGAAUCUGAUACACGGCGUCUCGAGUUUGGUUUGGUGGGUCAGUUAAGCUAGGUCAAAAGAGGCGGAUUACUGGUAGUUGGAUUUUUUUGUUAAGCUUGCUGCAAAGCGCCUCAUUCGUUAUUGGCAAUCAAGUGAAUUUCCUUGGUGUGCUGGACUUAGAAAGACUAUCUUGUGUAUCUUUUGUUAUGUAAUGAAUGCAUUUUAUCUCUUUGUUAAAAAGAAAAGAAAACUUUGUAAA